GAAUUCUAUAUUUUCCUCUUAGUCCAUAAGUGGUAGUACCUCUCUUGUGCUAAAAACGACGACGUACUUCAGAUGACUGUGUGUAGUCUGGUGUGAUACCGAAAAACAGAUCAACUCACAACCACAAUCAACUCACAACUACAUAGCCAUUAUCUGGCCACAUUGUCGGAACAUUUACUGUAAGGAGGAGCUAUCAUGUCGACGACAACGACGAUCCGCUACCCUGGGGAUUGUGACGUUGCUUAUCCCGAAGUGUUCACUGCCCCACCACAGCCAACUCAAACAAAGCCAGGCCAACUCACUAAGGCUCAAGUGGAUCAUUUCUUUGACAAGGGCUACCUGAUAGUGGAGAAGUUCUUCUCAAAGGAGGAACUGGAUCCUUGCAGAGAAGCCAUAGAGAAGUUAGUUGAGGACCUCGCUCAGAAGUUGUACAGAGGAGGAAAGAUUAAAAAUUUAUACAAGGACAAAGGGUUGUUUGAGCGCUUGUCGUUUAUUGAAAAAGAGUUUCCCGGUGCCAAUAUCAUCUUACACAAAGCAGGAACCCUUCCCCCGGCUUUCCGUGCAGUGUGGAGCAAUGAACGACUCUUGAAUUUGGUUGAGCAACUGGUUGGACCAAAAAUAGCUGGACAUCCAGUAUGGAACCUGCGGACUAAAACACCCCAGAACAAUGCAUCUACAGUUCCCUGGCAUCAAGAUUGUGGUUACCUUGACAACGAAUCUUACAAAGUUCUGCAACCAACGGCUUGGAUUCCUCUUUUAGAUGCCACUGCUAAAAAUGGAUGUAUGGAGGUCGUAUCCGGUGGUCACCGACCAGGUCGCAUCUGCCGUCACACCUGCUGCUGGGCAGACACGUGGUAUGUGGAACUUCCAGAAGAGGAGAUGGUCAAGACUCUUGGUGUGGAUCUGGACAAAGAUAUUGAGCUCUGUCCAGUUCCCUAUGGCGGAAUGGUUCUAAUCAACAACAUGAUCCCUCACAGAAGUCUGCCGAAUGUUUCCAAAGACAUCCGGUGGAGCAUGGACCUCCGUUGGCAGGAUCCAGCUAAACCUGUCGGCUUCUUCGGCUUGAAGGAGGGAAUCCUGAUGAGGGAUCCGUCCAAACCAAACUACAAGAUUGACUGGAGCCCAUUUGCGGCUGUGGACAGAAAUGCCACUUCCAAAGAGGCGUGCAACAAGGACACGGAGGAAGAUGAGUUGGACACGACGGUCCAGGGUCCACACAUGCUGAAGUGGGAGAUGACUCACCAGAACCGCCACACGGCCAAAGUGGACAAGGACACUCCCUUCUCUAAUUGGCACAAGGCAUGACCUGGAACCGGACAGCAUAAAAAAUGUGUUCUUGCUAAUAUACAUGCAUAUGUUCAUAUUAGGCUGACAGAUGUUAAAAUACAGACAUAUAAUGUUUGCAUGUUGAGUUGAGAUGUUUAUACAUGUGGUAAUACUGAUGUAAGAUAUUUGCAUAUUAAGAUGAGAGGUUUAGAUAAGUGGACACACCGGCGUAUAAUAUUUGCUUAUAUGGCUAAGAGGCUUACGUAUGUGGAAACAGUGAUGUAAAAUACUUGCAUAUUAAGUUGAGAUCUCACACAUGUAGAAAUACUGAUCAUAUAUGAUAUUUGAAUAAUAGAACUGCAUGACGUUUUCAGAUUGCUAUCGGAUAUAGCUAUACAAAUUCAUGACACGCCUAUUUGUAACCUAGCAUAUUAUUGUCAGAUGAGAUACAUACAUGCACUGAGAAGGUAUAUAUAUAUGUGUGUGUGUUCGAAGAUGUCUUAUUGUGGCCAUUCGAUGAUCAUGUAAUGAGAAGAGUGAAGCAGGUAUUGUCUUGAUCAGUUUGAGUUGCUUAAAAAUACCACACAUUCAUCCCAGCAACGAUACAUUUUGACAAGGUUUGUGAUGUUUUGUUUAAAUGUACCUUCGAUGUGUAUACUUUCUUUUGCUCGACAUUCUAUAUCUAAGAUUAUGCGAGUAAUUCUGAUUUUAUGAACCUACCAAAUAAAGAAUAACAUGUU